AGAGAGAGAAAGAGUUCUAUGUGAUGCUCGCUCUACCAUUCCCACAAUGAUCUUUGUGCUACGAUGCUUUUGGGAAACUCAGCCCAGGCCGUCUAAUGUAACAGUCAUUGCACUUGAAUAGCGAGGCAGUGCAUGGUGCAGCAUUAAGAUCAGUCCAGGUCCCAAUUGUGAGUUUGUACGGAGACAAAAUGGACAAACGGCACAGUUGGAUCGUCGCCUCGCCUGCGUUUCUGCUCUUCUCUGCUGUGGCUCUGCUUCUUCUCACUGUGCAUGUGGAGGAGAUCCAGGACCCUCCACAAUCUAUGUAUGGAGUCAUACUGGAUGCUGGAUCCUCUCACACGACCAUGUACGUGUACAGAUGGCCGGCGGACAAGCAGAACGGCACGGGCGUGGUAACCCAACACACCGAGUGCAAGGUGAAAGGAGGUGGAAUUUCUAGCUAUGCUGGUCAGCAGGGGGCUGCAGGCCGCAGUCUGGAAGCAUGUCUCAAACAAGCCAUGAUGGACGUUCCCCAAGCACGCCAUCAUCUCACACCUGUGUACCUGGGAGCUACGGCAGGCAUGAGGCUCAUGAACAUCUCCAGCCCUGAGAAGUCAAUUCAAGUUCUUCAGGAAGUGGCCCAAACAAUCAAAUCCUUCCCUUUUAAAUUUCAAGGUGUGAAAAUCUUGAGUGGGAAGGAAGAGGGAGCAUAUGGAUGGGUCACUGCCAAUUAUCUGCUAGAAAACUUCAUCAAGUAUGGCUUUGUAGGCCAGUGGUUAAACCCAGGCAGACCAACAGUUGGAGCACUGGACUUAGGUGGAGCGUCCACUCAGAUCACAUUUGCCAUCCAGGAAGAAGUGGAGGACUUGGAGAACAGCAUGACAUUACGUCUUUAUGGCCAGGAUUAUUCUCUGUACACACACAGCUACCUGUGCUACGGAACAAAUGAGUUUCUGCGUCGGCUCCUGGUCCACCUGAUUAUGACCCAGGACAACACAGGCGCUGUGCACCAUCCAUGCUACCCUUCAGACCACAGAGAAACUCUUAACCUGCUACAAGUGUUUGAUUCGCCUUGCAUUAAAUCCCAGCGUCCUGCAUUAUACACGCCUGAGACACUGGUGAUGAUCCAAGGCACAGGCAGCUACCAGCACUGUCUGGGGAACGUAUCUGAGAUCUUCUCCUUUCAGAACUGUUCGUUCUCUCAGUGCUCCUUCGAUGGUGUCUUUCAUCCAAACACCAGUGGCGGCUUCAUGGCUUUUUCGGCUUUUUUCUUCACACACAGCUUUCUGAAGAAGAGCACAGGCAUUUACAUCAGCACCCCGGUACAGCUCCAACAGGCCGCUCAGGCUGUGUGUAACAUGACCCUCCUGAAGAUGUCAGAAGAUUUUCCAGAGCAGAAGUCGUACCUGAGAGACUACUGCGCACUUACUGCGUACAUCCAGGUACUUUUACUGAAGGGCUUCCACUUCGAUAAUCACUCCUUCCCCAGAGUUUCCUUUCAGAAAAAGGCUGGGGACUCUUCUCUGGGCUGGUCAUUGGGUUACAUGUUAAGCAUGAGCAAUAUGUUACCCGAAGAGAGUGUACAUUUGAGACGAGCCCUGCAUCCCGGAGCCUGGAUCUCUCUCCUGCUUCUUCUAGCGCUCCUCAUCAGCAGCAUGCUCAUCUUCAUUGUUUUCCAAGUCUGCCGAAAGAAGGAAUGAUGUCGAAUCAUGACCAGUGCAGGGACAUGAUGGAAACUGGGAAUCAAACUUUCUAACCGCAUAGUAAAAGCAAACCCACUAACAGCUAACUAGUCAUUUUAAAAGCUACUUGCUUUGGUCUAUAAAAAGGCAGGAAGAGUUUUGAUUAAUUCCUAUGGAAUUCAAUUUGUAGAAAACAGACAACAUUUCCAACACAAAAGAGCCGAAUCUGUAAUUCUGAUUUAUUCCUUUAAUUUUUUUUUUUGAGGAUUUGCCUUUUAUAAGACUUUUUUUUCCUCAGCAGACAAAAAAUAUAUCACCAAACCAUAAGAAUUUAUUUAUAUUUUUAAUGACAUAAUAAAAAUUGUACAACAAUAUUAAAUUGAAAUAUCAGGUUGCACGCGUGUGCGAUUAACACCUAACUUUAUUGAUUAUAGUUCUUUAUUCUGAGUCCCUACUCAGAUUUCAAUUUCAAGUAGGAAUUGCAAAUCAUGUAAUAUUCUGAAAUGGUUUUAUAUUCAAGAUGCUGUUCCUUGAAGGAAUUUCGUCUAGAAAUGUGUCUAAAAAUAAAUCAGUUAAUAUGAGGGCUAAUAAAAAUAAUUAACUAAUUCAA